AUGGAGCUGCACGCGGAGGCCAGGGAAUCAGAGGAGACAGGGGCCGCCAAAGUGGACAUCGUGAUAGAGAAGUACAUCGCCGCAGCGGAGACCUACAUGCAGGCGCUCAAUGCUCUUCCCCCCAAGGAGACGACAGCCAAAGCUGCCGUCAAGGAGCAGCUCGAGUACGUCAUCAACUACGUGUCCAAGCUAAAAGUGCAGACUCAGACGCAGAAUCAGGUUCAGCAGGUUGAAGUGCAGGACAUGGACGUUGCAGCGCUGCAGUGGCCCGAGCCGCCCGUGCAGCCGCACCACAAGGCGGCGGAGGUGACGCCCGCCUACGCCUCGGCUGCUGCUGCUACGCCGCCACCUAGUGUUGGAGAUGUUGCAGUUGAUGUGAAGAAGGUGGAGGAGGAGAUGCCCGGAGCAGCGUACACGCUGCAGGAACUGGACGUGCUGCGCAGGUCCUCGCAGAUCAACGGCCACUUGUUUGUGCCGUGGCUGGAUGAUCUGGAUGCGCAGGAGAAGUUUAGUCUACCCGAGCCGUUUGAUGACCCAGACGGACUUGUGCCGCUGUCGGCUAAGCAGAAGAAAAAGGAGGCGACGUGGAUGAGACCCAGUGACUAUGCUGCGAAGUGUGGGCAUGCACCAGUGAUGAUCGCAGAAGGAGGAGUGAACCCGUUAGUGGUGAAGCAGGACAUUGUCACGGAUUGCUCGUUUGUGGCGUCGCUGUGCAUCGCCGCAGCGUAUGAGCAGAGAUUUCAGAAGCGGCUGAUCACAAACAUUAUUUUCCCGGCAGACCCGAGGACCAAACAGCCAAUGUAUAACCCCUUCGGUAAGUACGUUGUGAAGCUAUGGGCUAAUGGUGUGCCACGUAAGGUGGUUAUUGACGACCUGCUGCCGAUGAGUUCAUCCACCGGACAGCUACUUUCAAGCUGCACGACUCGUAAGAACGAACUGUGGGUGAGUCUCAUUGAAAAAGCGUACCUGAAGCUCAAUGGAGGCUACGACUUUCCCGGCGGAAAUUCAGGCAUUGACCUGUUUGCGCUGACAGGGUGGAUUCCUGAACGUGUCCCUGUCAACGAGCUACUUGAUGCACCGUCUAAGGAAGAACGACUUUGGGAGCAACUGAAAAGCGCUUUUCACUAUGGAGACUGCAUCAUUACGAUGUCUACAGGGGACAUCCCCAAGCAAGAAGCCAAGGCGAUCGGUCUCGUUCCGAUGCACGUGUAUGCUGUACUAAAUGUGUAUGAGCUCGCUAGUUCUGGUCCCGACCCAGCAUCCGGCGGCGAUGGUAAGAAGACGCGGUUGCUUCAGGUGAAAAAUCCGUGGCGCAAGAUGAGCUGGAAGGGUCCAUACUCCCGCCACGACAAGGAAAGAUGGGACAGUGCUAUCGGCGACGAACUACGAGCAUAUCAACGCCAGUUCUACGCAGCCGAAGAAACUGAAACUGAAGACUCGAGUGGACAACAAGAUGAUGGUUUGUUUUGGAUCGACUUUGAAUCAGUGAAGAAGUAUUUCGAGAGCUUAUACAUGAACUGGAACCCCGAGCUAUUCCCCUACAAAGGUGUGUGUCAUGAGCACUGGCCGGUAGAGCUGGGCCCAGUGAAUGAUUCGCUCACACUAGGUUUCAACCCGCAGUACUCCCUCACAUUCAGCAAGUGCUCGCCAACCAAAGGAACGACGACUUCAGCUGGAUCGUGUACUGUGUGGGUGCUCCUUUCGCGACACGUGAGCACUAUUGAGCGGGACACAGACUACUCUAAUCAGCAGUUCCUGACGCUACACGUGUAUCGCGGAUCACCAGGGAAGCGCGUUUUCUACAAUCACUGCGCCGUGUCAAGAGGAACGUACAGCAAUAAUCCGCACACGCUCGUGAGUCUGGAUCUGGAUCUAGCGGACGACUCUGAGCCGUCUUUUACACUCGUGGCUUCCCAGUACGAGAAAUUCGCAGCGCUUGAUUACACUUUGUCGAUAUUUUCCACUCGGCCGUUUACCUGUGAACCGAUCCCACAAUUGGAGACGACAGCACCAACGUCAGUUGUGAUUCCAGGCGCUUGGAGCACUGCCUGUGCUGGUGGUCGUCCAUUUUACUCGACAUUCAUGGACAACCCACAGUUUCAUUUACAGCUGCAGAAGCCAUGCCGGUCACUGUUUUUGUUUCUCGAGACUGAAGCCUUCUUUUCCAAGGACACAAAGAAUGCUAGUUUCCCGAUCAACUUGCGUGCUGCGUUGCAUACGCGGCAACGGGUUUGUGAUCUGCACACCACUGUCAAUGAGACCCCAGAGGACGCGGAACCAUUGAAAGUACUCAGCUCUGGUGAAUAUCGGCCCGGGUUUUGCUUCAUCGAGGUGGGUGGAAGCAUUCUAGCUUCAGGUGUGCACGACAUUGUGUUGAUCCCAUCCACUUUCGAGCCAGGCGUUGUGGGCAAGUUUACGCUGCGUGUGGUUAGUGAUCCUCCUGCUGGUGCCAGUAUCACGUAUCGGCAACUUCCUCCUGAAGGCCAUGGCUUGGAGCUUACUCGAUUGCGCGGCAAGUGGGAUAUCCAGACUGGCUCAGCUGCGGGCUGCUCCAACUACGGUUGCUAUAUUUUCAACCCCAAGUAUUUGGUGCACGUGACGCAAGAGUGCGAUAUACUCGCAAGGCUUUUAGUCCUUCAGCCCGAGGCAGACGCAUCACCCGGGGAGGCUACGGCGAAAGAAGGUGGCGUUGCUCCAUCCAUUAACGUGUCGGUGUUUGCGAGUACGUCGGAAGGCGAUUUGUUACUUUCUACAAAUCCUAAACAAGCAUUUGCCGGUGCCACAUCGGCGCACGGUGUGUAUGUUAGUGGCGCUCCCAGUGGUGUUUUGGCCACAGCUUCUCGACGAUACCCCCCUGGGUGGUACAUCGUUCUCCCAUCCACCUUUGAACCACAAGAAUUGCACUACGAGAUUCGGCUGUACGCUUCCACUCAUGUUGACGUGCAUUCUCUCUAG